AUGAGCACGACGUUGCCGUUCAGAGGGAGCAAUGCCCCCUUCGCUUUCAACCCAGGGUCCAAUGCGAACCUGGCGACAAGCGCAAUCGGUGCCGCUUCGAGUGCAAGCACCACGUACGAUCGCCUGAUCGUCGGUGUCGAUUUUGGCACAACAUACAGUGGCGUGGCCGCUGUUUAUUCUGCGACUCCGGAUGACAUUGACAUUAUCAAGACGUGGCCUGGGGGUAAUGGAAUCACAUCAGACAAAGUCCCCACCGAAAUAGGCUACACCGAUGCCCCUCCAUCGAACGGCUCUACGUCGUCGCUUGAAGCCUCAGCGAAGCCUGCAGCAAACGUAAAAUGGGGGUUUCAGUUCAAGCCCGAAGAAACGCGCCUGCGGUGUAUAAAGCUGUUCCUCGACCGCAAUCAGAAGCUCCCUCAUUUUGUAUCGCCGCUGGAGACGGCAGCUCAACUCCGCAAAUACGAGAAGACGGUCAAUGAGGCGGUGACAGACUAUCUGUCGCAUAUAUACAAACACACAAUGGAGACUCUGACAAGGAGGUACGGGGAGACCUUCAUGAGCCUGACAGAGGUGCAAUUUGUCCUGACGGUGCCAGCUGUAUGGUCAGACUCAGCGAAGGAUGCUACAUUGAAAGCUGCGGAGAAGGCAGGUAUGGGAAAUCGACACGAUCUGAAGAUCAUAUCUGAGCCUGAAGCUGCUGCAGUGUAUACACUCAAGGCGAUACAACCGAAUCAUCUCAAGGUUGGGGAUAACUUCGUCGUUUGCGAUGCUGGUGGUGGUACUGUCGAUCUCAUCGCAUACAAAAUCACCCAAUUGUCUCCUCUACGCGUCGAAGAAAGUGCUGUCGGCACUGGAAACCUUUGUGGCUCGGCUUUCCUCAACUACCGAUUCGAAGACCAUGUCAAGCAGCGCAUCGGCGCCGACCGCUACAACUGGAUGCGCGAGAAGAAAGCGAAAACCUGGAACAUGGGGUUGAAAUACUUUGAAGAGUUUGUGAAGCGCAACUUCAACGAGGACGAAGACAAUGAAGUAAACGUACCUUUUCCCGGUUUACCUGAUGAUGAGGAGGCGGGACUCGAUUCUGGUUUUCUAGUUAUGAGCAAUGAGCAGGUCAAGAGCAUCUUCGAUCCAGUUGUGCAGGAGGUCAUCAACCUGGUAGAGGGUCAAGUGGAGACUAUAAGAGCGGAAGAUGGUCUUGUUUGUGGAAUUGUCCUUGUAGGGGGAUUCGGACAGAGCAACUACUUGUACGGUCGGAUGAAGUCACACUUCAACAGCGCACCACCCCCGCCCUACUCGGAACGUCCAACCCACGCCAUUGCAAUGAGCGCUACGCAGUCCGUGGAGAUCUACCACCCAAUUCACGCUUGGACUGCAGUAGUACGAGGUGCCGUGCUUCGCGGCCUAGAGGGCAGUAUGGUUGUCAGCAGGAGAAGCCGAUGGCACUACGGUACAAGCUACGCUACUGUUUUUGACGAAUCUAAGCAUCCCAUAUCCGAUCGAUACUGGAGUCCACUUUGGGAGCGGUGGAUGGUGAGCGAUCGUAUGCAGUGGCAUAUUGCAAAGGGUGCGCAAGUGUCAGAAGCACAACCAAUCUCAUUCCACUACACGCGCAACUUCCGACCGGGCCAGUCUUUAAUCGUCGAAGAUGAUUUGAUUGCCUGCGAUAUGGACGUUGCACCGGACUCCUUCCAAAAAGGUCUUAUCAACGUGUGCACGCUGACUACGGAUUUGGACACAGUGCCAAAGAGCUUGUUCACUCGAUUGACAACCACCAAAGGAGUGGUGUUCGACAAUCUCGACUUCACGCUUGACAUGCGGAUAGAGAGCGCUGGCUUGGUCUUUGAGCUGAAAGUCGAUGGUGUCAGAUACGGAGGCGUGCAGGCAAAGUUCCAUUGA